GCUGGCUCAAGAGGACAGGGUAGUGCUUUCUCCGAGUUUCUUUUAUAGGUCUUGGAUCAUUUUCAGCCUCCGCUGAAACCAUCCUCUCCCGGAACUUUAUAUCGACUUAAUCUUAUUUUCAAAUCAGCGCAAGGUCAGUUGUUUAGGGAAUUUCCUCCUAAUCCGCGUACCUCCCAGCUGCCGUGUGCUGAGAAACAGGAAGCCAUGUGGUUUGAUCAUCUGCAGCGCGAGCGUGAGUCAGAAGGAGCGAGGAGUUCAACAGGGAUGAGAUCAGAGGAGGAGAAGUAAAUUCUCAGGCGGACAAACACAGAUCUCUUCACCUGCCUUCGGUGUCUUGUGAUCAAUGGCAACCUCGGUGCAAGCUCUUCCUCUGACGCGUGGCCCCAGCCAAAACCUCCGCAGCCCUUUCCCCUCCUCCCCGCUCUCCUCGCUCUGCGGCAUGGGAAGCGUGGGGAGUCUGGUGGAGAAGGCGGACGUGUCUCCGACUAAAGGUAACCGCGCCGUGCCCCAGGUGAGACCCAGACAGAGCAACGGCCUGCUGAAGAAAGGCCUGACCCAGAGAGAGCUCCUGAACUACCUCAACAUCACCAGAAAAGAGCCCAAAGCCGGCGCCAGCGGCGGCAACAAGAGGGACGUCAUCGGAGGCCGGGAGGAGGAGGAGGUUUACCCCAAAGUCUACAGUAAAGAUGGUACUGAAAUAGACCUGACCAAAAACUCACUGCCCAGUGGGGGCAAGUACGAAAAGGUUCGCUUCAGGUCUUCUGCCUUCAAGCCCGUCACGCCCAAGAACUUCAGCUCCAUGCAGAACCUCUAUCCCUCCUCCAAGCUGGAGGACAUGGAUCACGGCGUUUCUAACGGAUUGCACAGAGCGUACGGCCCCGUCUCUAAAACGGUCUCCACCUCCUCGUCUUCGUCCUCGCCCUCCCGUCACGGAGGGCCAACAUCGUGUGGAAACAAGGCCGUCUCCUCAGUCCAAGUGAUGAGCCACGAGGAUGACAACCUCUCAGACUCGGGUCAUAACUCCAUGAGCAGCCUGCCGCCUUACCGCCCUCCGUUCCGCCCGAACCUGUCUCACAUCAGUGCAUCCAUGGGCCACAUCAACACCAUCGGCUCCUUGGACCGCACGUCUCGAGGGCUGAAGGCAGCAGGGUCAGGGGGCGUGGCCAUGGGGGAGGUAGCCUGUCGAAGCAUGGCCACUCUGAACCGGCUGACUCCCUACGGCAGCGAGGCCCCGCCUCCUUAUGAGUGGACGCUGUCCCUCUCAGUGGAGGACGUGGUGCGGGACCUGGAGGAGCGCCUGGUGGAAAAAGAGCACGAGCUGAAACAGAUGAGGAGGAACCUGGACGAGAGCGAGGGCGCCAUCGCUCAGGUGUUCGAAGGGAAGCAGCGUCUGUGGGAGAAGGAGGUGGAGGAGCUGAAGAGCCUGUACGCCGCUAAGCUGCGUCAGGUCUCCCAGCACGGCCAGCGCUCCCAGCGCAGCUUGCAGCUGGAGCUGUUUAGGGCCCAGCAGGAGAAGAAUCGCCUGCAGGAGGAGCUCCACAGCCUGAAAGGAGAGAUGAGGCAGGAGGUCCCGGCCGUGCCGAAGCCGACCAGUCCGACGCUGGAGGAGACGCGGUGGGAGGUCUGCCAGAAGUCGGGGGAGAUCUCGCUGCUGAAGCAGCAGCUGAGGGACUCCCAGGCAGAAGUGGCCCAGAAGCUGAGCGAGAUCUUCAAGCUGAAGACGCAGCUGAGGGAAACGCGGACGGAGCUGCGCAACAGGGAGGCCCAGAUAGACGCCCUGAAGCUCAUCCUGCAGGGGUCGCAGCGCGGCAGGUCUUCCUCGGCGGGGGAGAGCAAAAAAGGAGCGGAGGAGAGUCCACCGGCGGGGGCAACGGGAGGCCCAGGGGGUGCCACGGAGGAGCGUCUGCGCGCGGAGCUGCUGCUGGAGCGCCGCCAGAGCGAGGCCCAGGCCACGGCCUUCGAGGAGGAGAGGCACACGUGGCAGACGGAGAAAGACAAGGUCAUCCGCUACCAGAAGGAGCUGCAGGCCAGCUACCUGCAGAUGCACCACCGCAACGAAGCCCUCGAGAGGGAGCUGCAGCAGCUGAGGGCGGGCGGGGCAGGAGGAGGAGGAGGGGGGGGGAGCAGGGACGGGACGCUGGAGACGGAGGCGCCGGAGCUGACGGCCGAGGGAGCGGCAGGAAAACAAGAGGACACGCCUUCCUCGGGCCUGCCGUGGAUAGAGAGGAUGGAAUCGUCUGAAAUUUGAAUGUGACCCACUUGUUUGCAAUGCAAACUGCUUUCUUCUAGAGCAAGGACCAAUGGGAGAGCAGGACUGCCUGGAAAAAAUGAGACGCAAAAAAAAAAAACAUCUAUGUAUCAGGUCAAAAUCCUACACGGUUCACCUGAUCUCUGUAAAGGAGUUUUGUUGCCAAGUGAUCAAAAUCAAAAAAUGUGACAUCAGAGGUGAAAUAGAAACGCACAGGGGAUCUGAGAAAGGGUCUAUGAAAGAUUUAACCUAUGGGCCCAGAAAAGCUUGAACAAUAAGGAAUAACCAAACAUUUUAGGUCACUUUGUAACAAGGCAAGCCAAACCUGUGCUUUGGAGCACAAAUGACCCACUGAUUUACCUAAAUACGGCUUGAAGUUGGUAAGAAAUUCAGAGUAAAAGAAGGAUGAGAUCCACUUAAAAAAAACACUAAAACGGCUCAGUUAGAAGAACAGAAGGUGCCGACGUGAAACCUUUGACUGACAAUCUUAGAAUGGGCACCGAACAUAUUUUCUCAUGUAUUUUAAUAUUUUCCUGGUGCAAAAAAAACAACAAAAAAAAAUACUUCACAGACUCCUGUUUGAUCCCCCACUGCGCCUUGAUUGUGUUAUUACCCGUUUCCUGUAAAACACUGGACCCAUAACAUGGUUCUGGACACGAUCCGGCCAUCGCUCGUCUGUGCCACGCGCGUCCUCAGCAGAACGACUGCGGACUGGAAAAGCUCUCCCUAAGACUCGUGUAAAGGAGCCUGUUGGUGACUGUUUUUGUUCUUUCAAGCUGAGAGGCUGGAGAGGCUGGGCCAUAAUUAAAGCCUUGGUUUAGUCAGGUCCCUAGAGAUGCACCGAGCAGUCCAGCUGUUCACCAGAAUCAGCUCGGCUGGCUGGUUGAAGAGUUAAAGGUCCAACCCAGGGCUGGACGAUACAGAAAAAAA